GCCCAGGCGCUUCGAGACCCGGGCGAAGUCGCUUUGCGUGAUGGCAGCGUCUGAAGGGCCGGAGUCCCCCGCGGAGCCCCUGGACGUCGCGUGCGGCCUGGAGAACGUGCCCGUGAGCGUGUGGCCGCCGGGGGCGCGGCCAGGACCUUUCCAGUACAGCCCUGACCACGUGGCCGGGCCCGGAGCGGACACCGACCCCACGGAGAUCACCUUCCCCGGGUGCGCCUGCCUCGCCCGCCCCUGCCUGCCCGGCACCUGCUCCUGCCUCCGCCACCAGGAGAACUACGACGAGGAGGGGGCCCUCCGGGACCCGGGGCCGGCAGCCCGGUGCGCCUGGCCCGUCUUCGAGUGCAACGCCCUGUGCCGGUGCCCUGGGCGCUGCGCGAACCGCGUGGUGCAGCGGGGCCUGCAGCGCCCCCUGCAGGUGUUCCGGACGGCCCGCAAGGGCUGGGGGCUGCGCACGCUGGCGCCCAUCCCCAGAGGCCGCUUCGUCUGCGAGUACGCCGGGGAGGUGCUGGGCUUCGCCGAGGCUCAGGGCAGAGCUCGGCGGCAGACGGAGCAGGACCCCAACUACCUCAUCGCCGUGCGGGAGCACGUGGCCGGCGGGCGGGUGCUGGAGACGUUCGUGGACCCCGCGCGUGUGGGCAACGUGGGCAGGUUCCUGAACCACUCCUGCGAGCCCAACCUGUUCAUGGUGCCCGUCCGCGUGGACUCCAUGGUGCCCCGGCUGGCGCUGUUCGCGGCCAGAGACAUCGCGCCCGGCGAGGAGCUCUCCUUCGACUAUUCGGGCCGGUUCCUGAACCGCCGGGACCCGGGACACCAGGGCAGGCCAGGCGGCGGGAAACCGAGGAAGCCCUGUUACUGCGGGUCUGCGUCCUGUGCCGCCGUCCUGCCCUACGACGCGUCCCUGUACCGCAGCCCCGAGGGGCCGGCCCCGGCUCCGGGGGGGCCGGCGUAGGGGAUGGGAGGGCGAGGGGCGGCCAGCGGGUGGCGUGGUCCCUUCGGGGUGCCCUCCGGGAAGCCGGGGCCAGCAGCAACCCGCACCCGGGAGGCAGGUGGCGAGUCCACUGGGGGCUGUGGCAGGGCCUCCCGGCUCCCCUUCUCCCAUCGGUGAUGGCCCUGUGUUUUCGGCUGGACCCACGGCUGCCAGUUAAAAACUGGGCCCUUUUCCCAGUCAGUUCUAGAUAACGAGAUACCAAACGCAGAAGUGGUGAGUUCUUAAAGGGGCUGGGAGGUCCCAGGUUCGAGUCCGAUCAGGGGCUUGUGCCUUGGUUAUGGGCACAUCCCCAGUGGGAGGUGUACAGGAGGCAGCUGGCUGAUGUCUCUCAUCAAUGUUUCUGACUCUCUAUUCCUCUCCCUUCUUCUCUGUAAAAAAUCAAUUUAAAAAAAUAUAUAGAUUCUUUUUAAUGUAGAGAUUGGAACUGACAGAAACCAUAGGACAGUUUUUUCCUGUGGAAUAAAGUUUUGCAACCCCUG